CAAGAUCAUAAGGUGACACACAGCCAUGCAGAGAGUACCGGAGGAAUGGAGGGAAGCCGGCCGGCCGGACGGCGGGAAGCACAGCGCGGCAUCUGUCAAACGGGGGGAAGCUGAGCACCUCCCCCUGCGGAACGGGACAGCGGUGAGCGAUGGAGGGAUGGAAGGAGCGGAGGCCAAGGGAGAGAAGGGAGGGGCCGCGGGAGAGGAGACACUGAUGAUGGAGCUGAGCCGGCUGGUGCAGAGGUCGGUGAAGGAAAGCAGCUGGUGGGAGAGGAGAGGAGUCGACUGCAGCAUCCUGGCCGGAGCGUUGCUCUGCCUGCCGCCCGCCUUCCUCCUGCUCGGCUCCUCACAGCCGCUGUGCUUCACAGCGGGGGUGCUGUUGAUGGGCGCGGCCCACGGAGCGCUCACCAUCAAGGGGGCUCACCUGGCCAGCCACGGGUCCCUCAGCGGGUCCCAGGCCGGGGCAGACUUCUGGGCCAGCUUCUUCAUCGAGAUCUGUAGCUCCUUCCCAGCGCGGGCGGGGGUGCACGGGCACAUCAAGAUGCACCAUGCCCACACCAACAUCAUCGGCCUGGGAGACUCCAGCGUCUGGAAGGUCCCCUGUCUGCCGCGCAGCGUCUACCUGUUCCUCGCCCCCCUGGGCCUGCCCGUCAUCACCCCGCUCGUGGCCCUCGGCGAGCUAAGGAACCACAGUGUGUUCUAUGCCCUCCGGACAGUGCUAUACAUCUCGUUGGGCUUCUACUCCCAGUACUGGCUGCUGCUCAACGUCUCCGGCUUCCAGUCACCCUCCGGCGCCCUCAUGUGCAUGAUGGUGUGCAGGGCCAUGUUCUCCCUGCCCUACAUCCAUGUCAACGUUUUCCAGCACAUCGGCCUUCCCAUGUUCUCGGCCAAGCAGCGGCCCAAGAGGAUAUUCCAGAUGACCCACGGGGUUCUGAAUCUGCCCCGCAACCCUCUGUUGGACUUGGUCUUCGGACACUCGCUCAUCAGCUGCCACGUGGAGCACCACCUCUUUCCCUUCCUGUCUGAUCACAUGUGUCUCAAGAUCAAGCCCAUCGUGUCUUCCUAUCUGAAGGCGAAAAAGCUCCCGUACCAGGAAGACCGUUACCUCUCCCGCCUGCGCAUCAUCUUCGACAGAUACCAGGAGCUCAUGGUGUUCGCUCCGCCCAUCACCCAGCUAGUUGGGUUUCAGUGACAGGGGAGGGAACGUUGAAGAGCUCUCUCUAGGAGUUUCUGGUCUACCUUGCCUACUUGCCUUGCCUAGCCUACUAGACUGCUGCUGAAGCUGAUAUGAAAAAGCAUUCAUGCUGAUCGGCUUCUGUUAACCGGACACAAUACACAAGUUAUAUCUGGAGCACAGCAAAUAUAUAUUCAUAUUAAUACAUCGCCGUAAUAAAUAAUGAUGUCUGAAACAUUAUUUAGUACAAUGUUUAACUUAGCAAUAUUCCAUUCAGAUUAAUCUAACUAGUGUGAAACAAUAACAUUGACUAAUGUUACGUGUCCAUAUAUUGAAAAUGUAUCCAAAACCUUCAAGUAAAACAAUGACUUGGAUGAG